AGCCUGUGGGUUCCAUAGUGGGGAAGCGUAACUUAUAUGCGUACCGCGCAAAUUCACGUCAUUGUGAUCAGGAAUCGAAACGUGCACAUUAAUGGAAAUUCCAAAACAGUCGAGUGGAGGGGAUGUGUUGACAGCUGUUUACCAAAUGCCUGUAAGCUUUGGUGCUCGCCCUUACCCGCUGUGUGUGUCACGUUAAAGUAUCGGUAAACAUUCUCGUCUAUACGUCCCCAUGAACGACGUCCAAGCUUCUUGGAAUAGCAGUUAGGUCCACUCCUCGGUUCUGCUCACAAUCUUUCUUGGAACUGACCUGAUACAUCAUGUUGCGUUUUGUGUUAUUUGUGGUAGUUGCCACUUCAAUGUUGGGGGUGUCAUCAUUGAUAGUUGAUGGUUGCAAUGAAGCUGUAUGUGCAAGUGUGGUGAGCAAAUGUAUGCUUACUCAGUCUUGCAAGUGUGAUCUAAAGAAUUGCUCAUGCUGCAAGGAGUGCUUCAGUUGUCUUGGUGAACGGUUUGACGAUUGCUGUUCUUGUGUUGAUAUGUGUACAAAGUCUAAUUCCACUGGUAGUCCACUUACCAAAAUAAGCCAUGUUGAAGAGUUUACUGAUCCCAUACCAUCGCUGUUUGAAUCCUUGACCAUGGAUCCUGACACAGAGGGAAGAUGGACAUCAUAUACUUAUCCACAGGAACUUGAUAUUUCUCUGUUUAGCCCAAAAAUAGACAACGAGAUAAUAAUGGCAAACACUAAUGGGAAGAGUUCACUGGCUGUAGUGAACUGCACUGUAACUUACAUGGCACAUUGCUCACCUUGGAACAAAUGCAAGGAAUCUUGCCGCUCUAUGGGUGCCAGCAGUUACAGGUGGUUUCAUGAUGGUUGUUGUGAAUGUGUUGGGCACACUUGCAUCAACUAUGGAAUCAAUGAAAGCAGGUGUACAGAGUGUCGUCUGUCACAGGACGAUGAGGAAGAAGAUGAUGUGCUGCAGAAUGAUUAUGGUGAUGGCAGUGUAACAGAUGCAGAACAAGAACUGAAACUUUAGAAUUACUGACCUUUCCCAUUGAAUCUUUCAUACAUUAAUACUAAAACUGUUAUGACAUCUUCAGAAAAUAUCUGAAGGAAAAAUAAUGUGAUAUGUAUCAGCUAUUGAUAUUUGUGUAUCUAUAUGUGCUAUAGCUUUUCUUUUUUAAUAUUUACUUUUUGACACUAUUGAUAAUGUAAAUUCCUACAAAGUAAAUUGAACAUUGUUAUAUUUACUCCUCAGAAAGUCGGAUCCUCAUUACGAAAAUGAAAUGCUCAUGGCUCUAUGAAAAGUGUUAUGGCAAGUAAUUAGAACAUUUUAUCAGAUAAAAUACUAAGUUUUAAGAGCAUUUUGCAAUAGAUACAUCUAGCUCGGAGUGUAAAUGACAUUCAGAUGAUGUUCCUCAAAAAAGCUGACUCGGCUCUGUUAUUCAAAGAAAAUUGAGAAACCAGUGAAGAGUAUUAUAAAAUACUUAAAUAAACAAUAGAAUAUGAAAUAAGUAAUACAGUAUUAGAGAAGUGAGAAAUCCUCUGGCAAGUGCAUUCUACACAGGGAACUCGAAUCAUAUACUCUCCUGUUGCCUGUAAUAAAAAAAACAUGACUACUGCACUAACACAAAAUUGGCCCAAAAUGCUAAUCCCUUAACCCAUAUUUCAAAAUGCGGGAAAUGAACAGAACUGGCAGAAGGCACUGUUGACUGGCAUGUCACAUGGCGUGCUUCUGUUUGCUACUGCACAAUUCCUCACCAUCAGCCUUCGCUGAGUCACACUAAUCUAGCACAUAGGAAUUGUUUUUAUAAAGAAGAGCAUUAGUUGCAGAGGAUCAUGCUAUGGAUUUUACUGCAGUCAUUUACUGACAGUUCCUUCUGCAAGACUAAUAUUUUUCCUUUUUUCCCAUUAUUCUAAAUUACUGAUAGAAUUUAUAUUUAGAGUAUCACAUUUAUUCUGUAUUUUAAUGAAAGUGAUCAAUUCUUUGUAGUAUAAUGUUAUUGCGUAGAUAAAAGAAGCUACUCACAAAGUGGUUGCACGAGAACACACAUAUAAGAAAAGGUUUUACAUAUCCAAGCUUUUGGAGCCAAUGGCUCCUCCUUCCAGCAGAAGGUGUGAAGGGGAAGGAAGAGGACUGAACAAUCAGUCUUUCUUUCUUAUCUCCUUGAAUUGGGGUUCUGAGUGACUUUUCCAAACUCUAACCCUUUUCCUAAACCCCUCAAGUCCUUUCCUUCAUCCCUCUUCCGUCCCCUUGAACCCUUCUGCCAGAAGAAAGAGCCACUGGCUCAGAAAGCUUGCAUACGUAAAAUCUUUUUUUGUGUGUGUGUUCUCAUGCCACCACUUGGUGAGUAGAUUUUUUUAUCUAUCGAAUUAAAAUUAUAUUUUGUAUUUUGACAUAAAUGACCUGAUAAUGUAUGAAUAACAACACGGUAUGUUAAUGUAGAAUAAGGUUCACUUCUACAAAGGGAUUGUCUUUUUCCUUAACUGUUGCAUUAUUUUAAAAAUUUUGGCUAAUUUUCCUGUCUUAGUCUCACAUUUUUUCUUCUCUCCUCUUUCUCAUUUAAUUCUUAUUCAUUCAUUCUCUUUUAACUCCAUUAAUUUGUUGAUCUUCCCAUUUGCUCUCUGUCACUCCAAGCUGAGCUCUUUGUCCAGUCACUGUGUUCUUUCUAUUGUACUUUCGGCCAUCAGGUAGUGUCUUUUUCAAUUUUGCUUGUAAUUACUGUCUACUUAUUGUCUGUGGGCUGCAUUGUGCAAGUUGUUCCUUCAAUCCGAUUUUGUUUGUACCUUCCCAGAUUGAUCCAGGUGUCUUUUUUUAUAAUUGAUGUACCACAACACAGAUCUGCUGUCCUCAUUACUCAUAUCACAUGCCCAGUAUCACAAAGUAAUACACUAUGCUACUAUGUAAGUAGAGUUAUGAGUGCACAUUUUGUCCACUUUUCACUUACAAAAAGAUCUGGCAAAGAUUAGUAAUAAAUGUUUAACAAUAAUGGAAAUUCCUGAAUGGAACAGUACAUAAAAUAAAGGUAAGGUAACGAUUCCCCUAUAGUGGACUGAUGUGUGGAGAGUAGAAACAUAUAACAGAAAACAGUAUUCCUACUAGGUUUUGAGCUCUUUUUCUUGUAAAAGAGCACACACCCACACACACACCCAAAUAUUCACUGCCACAGUGAGUCUCACUGCAGCUGCAGGAAUGUCCGUGUGUAGUGAGUGAGUGAGAGAGAGAGAGAGAGAGAGAGAGAGAAUAUGUGCGCACUUUUUACCGGGAAAAGAGGAAGAGCUCAAAACUUCAUGUGAAUACUGUUUUAUGUUGCCAGUUUCUAUGCUACACACAAUGAAUGUUUAGUACUUAUCAGUCAAUGCUGCUAUCUCCACAUUUCUUAAUUUGUUCUUCAUACCCUGCUCUUCAGUUGACAUAAGUUGGAGACAUUAGGUAAAAAGCUUUCUUCAACAACCACCAAUCUUUCCGGUCAAACAAUAUUUAAGUACAGUAACAAUGACGUCAGUGCCACAAACCUCAUUUCUUUAAUUUAUCAUUUGUGAAAAAAAUAAAAUUUACAUUUUGUCAACAUACACAAUUGUGUACAUCUGUGGAUUGGAAACUUUGUGUGUUUAAAAUAAGGUAUUUAUCAUUUUUACAUGUUACCUUUAAAGUUGUAAUGUAGUUACCAAAAAAUAUUAAAUUCAAAACCAAUUUCUCAUUUUGACCUCCAUACACAAACUAGAUGGAAGUGUCAUUUGUUACACUCAUACCUCAGCCAGGAGCUUACUUUCUCACUGCUAAUAAACCUCUGUGAAAGAAAGCAAGAAAGAAAGGAGAAGUUGUGCAGGUUGUACUCACUGUAAAUGCUUAAUGUAUGAGGUAAAUCUUCACAAUUGUCAGCUCUAGUAUAGUGAUAAAACCGAAUUUGCUUAAAAUUGUAUAUUUACUUAAAAUUGUUAUCACUGAUUGUUUUAUUGUAAAUGCAAGGUUUUGUUGUGUUUUUAAUUUUCAAUAUAUUGAUAGGUGAAUGAUGAAAUUGCCUGUGGAGAGUUCUGGGUUUGUACUUUGAUGGUCAUCACACCAUGUCAUACUGUAUCUAUACUUGUUGGAUGGUUUCAUGACAGUCAUGCUUUCUUCAAAUUUUUCAUUAAUGUCUGUUAUUGAUAAUUUCAUACGGAAGCUUUUGAUUUGAGGGACGAGGAGAGGAAUUUCUGCUAAAGGUGCUUGCAUUUAUUAAUGCCUUUUUGGGGCAUAGAUCUAAAGAAGACCAAACACAUGUAAUGUGUCUGCGUGUUUCCAAACAUUUGUUGAAGGUAUUGAAACAAUAGCAUAAUAUGUUCAUAAAGUGAGAUUCCUUUUUUUAAUGAGCCAUUGAGGAUAUAGUCUACUAAGGUGUUUGUUCUGAAGAUUUCUGCACACUUUUGAAAUGUUACCUACAAAAUAUUCAUCAAUAUUGAUAUUUCUCUUUAAUGAUGGUAUAUAUCCUCUGUGGUUGUAAGUAAUGCAUUGAACUAACAUGUUUAUAUUAGUUUUUCUCGGUAGUUUGUCUAACACAGUAUAUAUAAUGGCUCUGAAGAAAGGGUAAUAAUUAGUACUUACAAAUGAAAAUACCAUUCCAGCAACAUGGUGUCAUUAAAAGAGAACAAGCCAGAAAAAUGGAAUUAUAAUACUCAUUCAGUUGGUCGAACUGUUUUCUUUUAUUUUUGGCAAUGCCAGCCGUUUGGUGAUAGACUGAUUGUAUAUACAACAUUCUGGAGAAUCUUAAAUGUAUACUGUUGAGAAAUUAUAUUUUUCACUUUUUA